AUGCCGAAACGCAAGCUCUCCGAGCUCAACGGCCCCGCGCGGUCCAGCGACGCCCGCAAACUCUCCAUGCAGGCCGUACGACUGACAAACAAGUUCGACAACGGCGUCCAGCUUCUCAUACGCGGCCUUAAGGUAGCGCGUGGCUUUGAGCGACAGAAACUGAGCCGGCGUGAGAAGACGGCAAAGUCGCAGGAGAAUGCUUCCACGACGUUGUCACGGUUGGCGGAAGAAGUGAAGGCUUUGAAGGAACUCGACUACCAUGCAACUGCAGAGAAGUACCUAUUUAAGCAGCUUUCCAAGACAAAGCGGAUUGCAGAGUCAUCUGUGUUCGGCGAGUUUCAAGAAUCGAAGAAGAUCUCCACGGAGGGACCUAAAAGCACUGCCGAAGCGAAUAUCCAGGCGCGACUGUUCAAGUCGACCCCCGUACAAAAAGUGUUGCCGGAUAUCAUGGCUGGAAUUCGGACACUGCUGAAGUUGGAGGAGGUGCCGGCUGGAAAGCAGCAGAACACCAAACCCAAGACGGAUACAGCGCAGAAGGAUAAAUCAGCGCGCCGGAAGCCAGACGAAGUGGAGUCCGAGUCAUCGUCAGCGGAGGACAAGGAAGCCAAGACCGACACCAAAAAGAAACCUGUCUCGGCUUCUGAACGCAUUUUUCAAUCAGAAGAAGAUCAAGACAUCUCUGGCGCAGAAGGAUCAGGAAGCGAAGACUUUGCCGAAUUCGAUAAUCUCGUGGGUAGUUCAGACUCCGAAGACGAAAACUCCGCAAAGCACGACCUCCAAACUCAACACAACCGUCAAGCAACAACAGCAGACGACAUCUCCAUCUCAUCAGUCUCCCGCUCGCCCUCACCCUCACACUCCUUCUCCGCCGCAGAAGACUCACCCCCACCACCAACCAAAAAGCCCAAGGGCAGCACCAAAUCCUCCAAGGCCCCAGCAACAGACACUACAUUCCUCCCCUCACUAAUGAUGGGCGGAUACUGGUCUGGCUCUGAGUCCGAAGCAACAGAUGACGAAGCCGCAGCGGGGCCACCAAAGCGCAAGAACCGGAUGGGCCAGCAGGCUCGGCGCGCUCUAUGGGAGAAGAAAUACGGCGAAAAAGCGAAUCAUGUCCAGAAAGAAAUGAAGAAGCAGAAGAAGAACAGAGAUAGUGGGUGGGACGUUAAGCGCGGUGCUACGGACGCUGGGAGGCGUGGCAGACGGCCUCAGAAUCGCCGUGAUGAGCAAACGGGUGCUAAUACUAUGCCUUUGGGUAAAGCCAAGAGUGCAGCGCAGGACAGUGGGCCGUUGCAUCCUUCUUGGGAGGCAAAGAAGAAGGCGAAGGAGCAGGCGUCCACCGCCUCGUUCCAGGGGAAGAAGGUUGUGUUUGAUUAG